AUGGCGCCGCCCGCCGCUGGUGCAAAGGGAGGAGGCAGUCGUGCAGCCCGUCGUGACAAAUGGCUCUGCAAGUCCUGCCUCGGACGCGAUCACAAGCCCUACGUCAACUUCGCUGACAAGCUGUGCUGCAACAGCUGCGGCCUGGCCAAGAGCGUCGUGUACGGAGGCCCCGUCAAGCCCAGUGCGCCCUCUCGGCCAGCGCCGUGGGCCGCAGGUGGCAAAGCAGCAGGAUCGCUCUCGGCACAGCUGCUCGAGAUGCAGAAGCAGGUCCAAUCACUCACGUCGCAGCUCAAGCAGGCGAAGGCUAAACCACCCGAGUCGGCGGCGCCCACGGCGGGUGCAGAGCAUAGGGAAGGCGAUGCUGGUGCUGAGUCGACAGUCAAGAAAAGGUUGGACGAGUUGGACGGCUUCAUUAAGCAGCUGGCUGGGGUUGACACGCCAGAGGUUACGAAGCUGGUGGAGCAGUACAAGGCAGAGCAGGUCAAGCUGCGCACGCAGCUGUUUCAGGAGAAGCCGCCUUCGCAGCGGCUCAAGUCCCUCGGCUUCAAGAUCACCAAGGUCGAGCAGCAGAUCGCCAAGCAGCAGACGGCCCGCGAGCUCAAGCAGGCGCAGCUGGCGGCCUUGCAGGCGGAGAUCGCCACGCAGGACGCCGCUUUGGCCGAAUCCCGCAAGCAGCUGCUGGAGCUCGAGGGCCAGCGGGCCCAACUGGUUGGUGCGCUGCCGCAGCCUCCUGCAGCGGCUCCUGGCACAGGCGCUGGCGACGACGAGAGCAGCUGGACGCUGCCCAAGUUGGAGCAAGUCCUGCUUGCUGCUGAGGCUCCUCCUGAUCUGCAGCAGGAUGUGGCCAAUCUGGUGGACAGGAUGCGCCGGCAUCGGCAGGCUCAGGAGCAGGAGCGAAAAGCUCAAGCCGAGCGCGAGGCCGCCCAGGCUCAGCAAGAGCAAGCCGAGGAGGCAGCAGCCAGAGCCGACGCCGCCAUGGAGGCAGACGAAGGUGAUGCCCAGGUGGAGGAGUCCGUCAACCAGGCUACUGCCGAGGAGCUACGUGAUUUCUUGCGUGAGUCUGGCGCUGACAUCCCUAACGCUGCCGAUGCUUCAGAGGAGGAACUUCGGGCUGCAGUCAAGCGAAUCCGCAUGGCCGCAGCCAAGUGGAAGGUGGUCAAGAAGCCACGCACAGCCUGA